AAUCGUGAAGUGUACUGGUUCCCAAGGUUAGGAGAAACUCUUUUUACAGGGAGCCAAGCUGUCAGUUCAGAAUAAAACUGCACAGGAUCUAGGUCGCACGUGUAAUUUAACAAAAAUGAAACGCAUUUCGACAGUUCAGAGGAAAUUGCUUAAGAGCAUUGAGACGCAGAGGACAAUAUAUGGGUGUUCAGUGGCAACAAUGCCUCCUUGUGACUUCAAACCAGACCCCUACACAGGUCCAAGUUACGAGGAAGUUCGGCACAUCAGGAAAACAAACCUGUCUCCCGCGCUGCUCACAUACUACCGCAAACCGCUGCUGAUCCAUCAAGGUCACAUGCAGUGGCUGUUCGACCACACCAAUCGACGAUACCUCGACCUCUUUGCUGGGAUUGUCACCGUCAGUGUUGGCCACUGCCAUCCGAAAGUAAAUGCAGUCACUGAGAAGCAACUGAAGAAGUUAUGGCAUACGACAAACAUCUACAUGCACCCAAACCUUCAUGAGUACGCUAAGAAAUUCACUGAUAAACUACCAGGAAAUCUCAAGGUGGUGUACUUUGUGAACAGCGGCUCUGAGGCUAAUGACCUAGCAGUGAUGAUGGCCCGAAUGUACACAGGGACCUUUGAUAUUAUCUCACUCAGGAAUGCGUAUCACGGUGCUAGUCCACAUCUCAUGGGUCUAACUGCUCUCAAUACCUGGCGCUAUAAUGUGCCCACUGGCUUCGGUAUACACCAGGCAAUGAACCCAGACCCAUAUCGAGGUCCCUGGGGAGGGAAACACUGCAGGGACUCACCCUCUCAGACGCAGCGAGACUGUGACUGCAAGCCUGGCGAGUGUAAGGCAGGGGACAUGUACUUGGACCAACUGGAGGACGUUAUCCGCUUCUCCAUGCCCAAGGGCAGGUGUGGGGGAUUCUGGGCCGAGUCCAUCCAGGGCGUGGGAGGUACAGUGCAGUUCCCCAAGAACUACCUGAAGAGGGCCUUUGAGAAAGUACGUGCGGUCGGCGGGGUCUGCAUAUCAGAUGAGGUUCAGACUGCGUUUGGUCGCCUAGGCAGCCAUUACUGGGGAUUUGAAACCCACGACGUGAUUCCUGACAUCGCUGUGAUGGCCAAGGGUAUUGGCAACGGGUACCCCCUAGCUGCUGUUGUAACCACACCCGAGAUAGCUGCUGGUUUGGGGAAAGCCCUUCACUUCAACACAUUUGGGGGCAACCCUGUAGGGUCAGCAAUCGGCUCUGCCGUGCUGGAUGUGAUAGACGAGGACAAGUUACAACAGAACUCAGCGGAGGUCGGUACAUACUUUAUCCGGGAACUCAUGAAGCUGCGUGAUGAGUGUGAAUGUAUCGGGGACGUGAGGGGGAAGGGGCUCAUGAUUGGCAUUGAGAUGGUCACAGACAAGGCCACCAGGAAGCCCCUGCCUGCUGACAAGAUGGGCGACAUCUGGGAAGAGACCAAGGAUCUUGGUGUGCUCUUUGGAAAGGGAGGUCUAUAUGGAAAUGUAUUCCGUGUGAAGCCCCCAAUGUGUAUAACCAAGGCAGACGUGGAUUUCUCUGUGUCUGUGCUGCGAGAGGCCGUGAAGAAACACAUGUGA